GGUAAAACCUAAUCUUCUUUUUCUUACUCGGUUAAUUUUUUUAGCUUAGCUUACGAUUAGAUUAGAUAUCAACAUACGUUCGUCGUCUCUGCUUGCAGGUGCAUUCUGGAUAGAAGAUGAGUACGCUAGAUGCAACCAGAGCAGAGCUUGCUCUUGUGGUUUUGUAUUUGAACAAAGCUGAAGCCAGGGAUAAAAUAUGCCGGGCAAUACAAUACGGUUCAAAAUUCUUGAGCAAUGGAGAGCCUGGUGCAGCUCAAAAUGUUGACAAGUCGACUAGCUUGGCCCGUAAAGUUUUCCGCCUUUUUAAGUUUGUCAAUGAUUUGCAUGCUUUAAUCAGUCCAACUCCUCAGGGAACUCCUCUUCCAAUUGUUUUACUUGGAAAGUCCAAGAAUGCAUUACUAUCAACUUUCUUGUUUUUGGAUCAAAUUGUCUGGCUUGGGAGAUCAGGCAUCUACAAGAACAAGGAGCGUGCAGAGCUGCUUGGCAGGAUCUCUCUUUUCUGUUGGAUGGGUUCCUCAGUUUGCACCACCUUGGUUGAGGUUGGGGAACUUGGAAGGCUGUCUGCAUCAAUGAAAAAGUUGGAGAAGGAUCUUAAGAGCACUGAUAAGUAUGAAAAUGAACAAUACCGUAGCAAGCUCAAGCAAUCAAAUGACAGGUCAUUAGCUCUGAUAAAAGCAGCUAUCGAUAUAGUGGUUGCAGUUGGGCUGCUUCAACUGGCACCCAAGAAAGUCACUCCUCGUGUUACUGGAGGCUUUGGAUUUGUCAGCUCACUCAUCUCUUGUUAUCAGUUGCUUCCACCCGCACCAAAGGCAAAGACAUCCUGAUGAGGGAAAGAUAGAUUGGCUCAACACGCAUCAGCACCAUCAAAAUAAUAUUCCAGGUUGAUAGGGAUGCAUAUAUAUAUCCAUAUUGGCGUACUCUUCUGUGCUAGUGGUUGAAUGGUAGAAACAUACUUGAAGUUUCACUUGGACAUCUCUGCCCAUGAUUCAUUGUUCUCAAUUACAUAGGAGUGAAUAAUAUUUAUUGCCGCCUUUGUUCGUUUGA